UUAUCUUCCUUCGAACAUGGCUCCAACUAUCCUCAUCGCCGGCGCAACUGGGAACACUGGCCGCAGCGUCACCGAAACUCUGCCCAGGCUGCUCAAGACCAACAAGGCCUUAUCUGACUACCGAAUCCUUGCUCUCACGCGUUCUCUGGACUCGCCAGCCGCAAAGCAGCUCGCCACCUUCCCUGGCAUCGAGAUGGUAGAGAAGAGCUGGGUCGAAAUAACCCCCGAGUGGCUCCGAGAGAACGAGGUUGUCAGGGCCUUCAUCGCAUCGCACAAUAAUCCUAACCAAUUCGCCGAAGAAACCACCUUCCACGUUGCCGCGCUGGAAGCCAAUGUCAAGUACGUGGUGCGGAUAUCAACUACCGCCGCGGCUGUUCGCCCGAACUCGCGUGCAUACUACCAACGCGCCCACUGGGCAAUCGAGGCUCUGCUGAGUACCCCAGAGUUCGAAAGUAUGCAGUGGACUUCGCUCCAGCCCAAUAUCUUCUCUCAGUACUACCUCGCUCCCGCCGUUGAAUUUAUUCAACACUACCGCCAAACCAAAAAGCAGGGGACUCUGAGACUGAUGGGGUCGGAAGAUGCCCCUGUGGGUAUCAUUGACCCGGACGAUGUUGGGAGAUUUGCGGCGCAUCUCCUGGCGCUUGAAGAUCCUGCUGUGCACAAUAGGGCGAAAUACAACCUUAACGGGCCGGAGGAUAUCACCGGGGUGCAGAUUGUCGAGAUGAUUGAGCAGCGCACCGGUACCAAAGUCGAGGAUGUUAUCUUCAGGGACGUCUCAUUCCUCGAUUCUUACUACGAGCAUAACUUCGCGAAAGCUGGGGAGUCAAAGAACGUUAUCUUGUCACUUAAACGUGCCGUGGGCCCAGUAUGGGAUGGGGAAUGCACUUCUUCCACGACCAGCAAGGAAGUAUUGGAUAUUGCAGCACCCAGGCGUACACCAAUUGAUGUUUUGGACAGCAUGUUAGCCGAGCAAUGA